AUGCCUGUCGAGCUACGCAAACGCCCACCUCCAAAGGAGACGGCCACCCCUCAGCCAGCUGCAAAACGGGGUAGUAGCAGCACCGUCAAGAAACUCGCCGACAAGGCCAAAGCAGUCGUGACGGGAAAGUCUGAACAAAAUGGAACCAGCACUACUGCUCCUGUUGAUGAGCCGACUACACAAUCCGAGGUACCCAGUUCAGAGACCACAACCUCGGCAGCUGCUGUUUCUGUGCCUGACAUCGCCGUGACCAAGGCGAAUGGCAGUGCUGCUGGCAGUGGCAAGAUCGCGGUUGGCGAGUCACUACAACUCGACGGGUUUGGUGGCACAGUGCAGACGAAUGAUGGCAAGGACGUCACUUUGAAAGAGUUGAUCGAUCAGAGCUUUGCGGGUGUCGUGCUUUUCACAUACCCCAAAGCAAGUACACCGGGUUGCACGACACAAGCAUGCCUUUUCCGAGACAAUUACGCUCCCAUCACUGGCGCGUCUCUAUCCAUCUAUGGACUGAGCACUGAUAGCCCUAAGGCAAACACUACUUUUGUCACAAAGCAGAAGCUCCAGUAUCCACUUCUGUGUGACCCAAAUGCCACAUUGACCACCGCCAUCGGUAUGAAGAAGCCUGGUCCUGGCAAAUCGACCGCCCGUGGUGUGGUCGUCAUCGACAAACAGGGUAUUGUUAAGGUCUGGGAACAGACGGGUCCUGCAAAGACCGUGGAGGCUGUACUCGAGUAUGUCAAGACUCAGGGCAUGACUGAGACUGGUGCUCCAGCAGCCGUGGCGGCACCACCAGCUGACGACCCUGUUGCUACUGAGGAGGCGGCCAAGUUGGCUGAUCCAGAUACGAAGAUGGAUGAGGUGCCCUUGAUCAGCACCCCCUCGAACGCUGAGCAGGAAGCUGCAACGACUGCGGCAGAGGUUGGAGAGACCGCUGCGACGCUCGACAAGCCGACAGAGGGUCUCAAAGCUUGA